AUGGCCAAACUCCCUCUGGGCGCAAGGUGUAGAUACGUGUUUGUGCCCGGACGCAAUUCCAAACAUCCUGGAAAUCGGUAUCCACUCUCCAGUUCUGGACGAAUAUCCUAUCCCCAGUCCAAGAAGCAAGUACGCAAUACAACAUCCAACCAAGUGCAGAUGUUUAGGUUUUCAGUUACCAUGUGGUUGGUUGGAACCCUUUAUUACUUUGUCCUGACUGGUAUGCUGUCUGUGACUUCGGUUCUGGCCGUGUGCCCGCACGACAACAACACGUUAUCGAGAUGGAGCGACCCUAGUACAUGGCCUACCAACACACUUCCAAUGGCCGGCGAUACAGUGACAAUUUCCGGGCACGUGCUUCUGGACGUGUCUCCUCCGGCCAUGUUUGGCAUUGUGAUUGAGGCUGGCGCUAGCCUCGUCUGGAGUCCGAAAGGAGAUUUUCACGUAUUUACGAACUACAUUCAUGUAAAAGGAGCAUUCCUGAUUGGCUCAGAGACUUGUCCAUUUCAUGCAAACGCUCGCAUCACCUUGACGGGCAAACGAAAAGAAUAUUCCUUGCCGAAUUUCGGUCAGAAAUUUAUUGGCGUUGAUGCAGGAGGUACAUUAGAGAUUCAUGGCAGGAAGAAGCUUGCAUGGACAAAGCUGACAAAGACAUUACCACGUCUGGAGGCAGGCAACGGACUUCUGUACACACACUUGGAUUUCCCUAACAGAAGAGACAGGAAAGGAUUAGGAAUGUAUGCUUUCAAUACAGACGGUAGCCGAUACAAGACGGCUGUGGUGGCUACAACUGGAUCGAACCAGGCAGAUGUACAGAUGGUAUAAAAUCUGGUCUUCAUAUCGUCUUUAGGUAUUCCCGAUGGGAAGGUGGUCAUGUUAGCAGUUCAACAGACUUUGGUCUCGGACCCACAGGUAGACGACCUGUCCUCAGUAUAUGACACCAUUGAGACAGUGGCUGGCAUUGCUAGUGGUCAAGGUCAAAUAAGGAAUGUUAAGAUGCAUGACGCCUUCGCCAUGGCCUUCAUCAAAGGUGACCCCAGCUCUACAACAGAGACACUGACUCCCGUAGAGUAUCACUACCAGAAAGCAGAGGCUAGUGUCAAAGUUAACGGCCUCGUCAUGUUGGCGGAGAGCUGUACCAUCACCGGAACUCGUAUUUCUCACGCUAUCGACUUCCGGGUAAUCCAGGAAUCAGCACAGUUCCAUGUUUUAGAUGUGGUUGAUGACGUCACAUCUUGGAAGGAAGGUGACAAAGUUUUGCUGACAUCAACAGAUUUUAGUUUAGAAAAGGCUGAGGAAGCAACAGUUGUUAGCUGUGAUCAAUGCACGGGGACACAGGUCAAAGUAAAAUUAUUUCCAAGAUACAUGCAUUAUGGGGAUAUUGAUUUCAAUGUUGACAUGAGAGGAGAGGUGGCGCUGCUGUCACGUAACAUUCUCAUAGAGGGCGCUAUGGAUAGCUUCUGUCCUGCUGAAAAUGAGAACUGUGAUACCUACAAAUACGACACUUUUGGUGGGCACAUCAAGGUAAUCAGAGGUUUCAAGGAUGUACAUAUUGAAGGAGUAGAACUUUAUCACAUGGGCAAGCAGACAGAUUUGGGUCACUAUCCCCUCCAUUUUCAUAUGUGUUAUGAUGUUGACGGUGACGAGUACCCUAAUCCACCGUAUUUGCGUGAAAACUCAAUACACUCAUCCUUCGCCAGGUGUAUCACAGUACACGGAACACACGGACUCACGGUGAUGGACAACGUUGGUUAUGAAUCGCUAGGUCACUGUUACUUCCUUGAGGAUGGAGGUGAAAGACGGACUGUAUUGGACGGGAAUCUUGGGGUCAGUACCAGGAAGGCCACCCUCAUCUCCUCAGAUAGUCGUCCGACGACAUUUUGGAUAACCAAUCCAAACACAAUCCUGCGAAACAAUGUCGCGGCUGGGAGCGAGGAUAUUGGAUAUUGGUUUAUUUAUCCCGACACUCCGACGGGUCCUUCAGCUGACAAAGGCUUCAUGCAAUACCAGGAGGCACGAUAUACCGCCAUCACCGAAUGCAGUAAUAACGCCGCCCACUCCAAUAAGUUAAGUCUCUUCAUUGAUUUCCAAAUUGAGCCAUCAACAGGCGAUAUCUGGAUCACCAGUAAUCGUUAUUCGCCGAAAGUCGAUCCCUUGGACCCAAAAUCUGCCGACAAACCCGCGAUCAUAGACCGUUUAACAUCGUUUAAAAACCGAAACAAUGUUUGGGCUCGUGGCGGUUACUUGGUAUUCCGUAGAACUUCAUUGGCGGAUGCCACAAGAGGAAUCACCUUUGCCAGGGGUACGCAACAGCAACAGUUCAUGGAGAAAAGUGUUAUACUUGGACAGACGAAGAAUGUUGGAGAUCCAAUGAAAGCAAGGGGUUUGGAUAAAUCCUUCGUCAUGUUCAAUAGAUCAUUACCCUAUCAGUGGAAUUUCAAUGAGCCGAUGCAGGGUUUUGUUUUCUAUGAUGGUCCCGUGUUUGUAUCAAGUACAUUCUUCCAUGGGUUUACCUCCAACCAGUACAGGAAAGCAGGGGCACUUGGCUUCCAUAGAAAUAAUAAGUUUUUCAGUUCCUCUACAAGUGCAACCAAGGACAUUCACUUUGGAUUCCUGGAUGGUGUAAGUUUACUGCAUGAAACCACAGGUAACAGGGUAUACGACGGUAACAGUAGCGUGGCAGGCUUUAGCGAUCUGGAUGGUGACUUAGCAGCUGUAUUCCGUGAUGCCGAUGGUUCUGUUACAACAGUUCCUGGCAGUUCUGUAGUCAGACCUGAUCCGUUUGUGACAACAUCUGAUUGCACUGUUAGACAGAACUGGAAUCUGGCAAUAUGUCCCUUCAAGUACUCGAAGAUGCAGAUAAUCCCACGAUCAACUGGUGACCUCGGCAGCGUUCCGUUUGUGUCUAGGGAUGAUAUUCCUGAUAGUCCUCGAAAGAUCGAUGGUUCCAAAGUGAAGCAUUUUACACUGAUAACUGGAGGACAAUUCAGCUACUCGCUCCACUGGACAGACGUUGUGCCCGCCGAAUUUCUCAUCAGGGCCUACGGGAUCGAGAAGGACUAUCCUGUCCGCGUGGGGCUGUGUCUUCCCCUGGAUGCAACCUUCUCACUCAAGUCUUACUAUCCUACACGAGCACCAUCGAUGGACGACUGGACAGAAGUGAACAGUAUUGAUGAUAUAGAUCAAGACACAGAGGGCGCCAAGUACUACCACAACCAAACCACUGGGAUGCUAUAUCUGAUGUUGAGGUCAUUCGAGCCAGUUGUGGACGGUGACACAGACACAUGUGUAGGAGGCAAGUGUGUGCACUUCUAUGUGUACGUAACAGGAGGAAAUCGGAAUGACGGUGACUGCAGUGCACGGGACACCCCCACUCCACCUAAGGUAACUGCUCCACCAGCAGCAAAGGUAGAUGAAAGUCUCUCAUUUGACACAGCAUAUGCCGCCCCUGAACAGGGCUGGGGAGCGGGUGCCCAGAUUCCAUUUACCAGUCGUAUGCCUAUGGAUGGAGGAUACAGCGACUGGGCUCAGUGGUCUGCAUGUAAGGUGCCAGCCUGCGCUGGUAAUGCGAUGGUGAGGUUCAGGACGCGGACUUGUGACAACCCCAUACCAAGAAAUGGAGGUGCCCCCUGUGUGGGGCCCAGCAGUGAGGAGAUGGACUGUACCACUAAGCUUGUUCUGGCAGCAGUGGUUUAUGUUUCAGGCAUUACAGCACGUCAAAUUAAGAGUGCAAAAAAACGUGCUAUGUAUGGUCUGGUCUAA